AUCGUCCCCAGCUUUGAUGUGCUCCCGACGUAUUGACGAGUCUAGUCCUCCUUCGUGUGCUUCCAGCUUCUUUCACGCCUCUGAUUUUAUUUUCUAUUAUUUAAAAUGAGGUUGUUGAUUUCGACCGUUUCGAUCCUUGCUACUUCUUCCGCGCUGGUCGUGGCUUCUGCUGUUCUUGGCCAACCCAUUCUAGUCCGAGAUGAGGGUGGUGGCAAGGGUUCCUCCACUCAAACUGCUUCGGCAGCCGCUGCUUCGGCCACCUCUGCAUCGAACGCCACAGGAAGUAAUGGCGGUGGAAAUGACGCCCAGACGUCGCUAACUCUCGACCCGGCUGUCAUUGCAAGGGGCUUCGAGACCAAUGGUCUUGGCCAGAAUGGUAGUGAAGCUGGAGAAGUCGCCUCGUUGACAUCUUCAAACAAUUUCAUCAACUUCUGCUUGACGGUGCCCAACCUACCGAUUACAAACGGGCAGCAGAUUGCGGGUGGAUCCUGCAAUCCUGCACCGAUGGGUGUGAUCCCCUCGUCGUCCAACAUGCCCUCGGCCAAAUUUGUCAACCCUGCUAAUCUCGAUACGAUUCCGCCUAACCAAGAUUUCACGGUACAACUUGCGAUCCAGAACAUGCAAACCGGUUUCUUUGUCAACGCAGACGCGAAUUACUUCGCAGCACCGCAACAGACGAAUGCGCAGGGCCAGAUUCAAGGACAUUCGCAUGUCGUCAUCGAGCAGCUGGACUCGCUCUCGCAGACGACGCCCCUCGAUCCAACCAAGUUUGCGUUCUUUAAGGGACUGAAUGAUGCCGCCCAGAACGGUGUAUUGAGUACGACUGUCCAAGGCGGUUUACCGGAAGGCGUGUACAAGCUGUCCUCGAUCAAUACUGCGUCGAACCACCAGCCACUUUUGGUGCCCAUUGCUCAGCACGGAUCCCUCGAUGAUGCUGUAUAUGUAAGUUGUGACAUUGUUGUCUUUCGUCUGUUCGUGGGUAUCUAUGCUGGUAUCAAGUUCACAGUGAGCAACAACGCGGGCAAUGGUAAUGGGACCGGCAAUGCCAACGGUAAUGGUAAUGGCAAUGGUACCGCCAACGCCAACGGUAAUGGCAAUGGCAAUGGGAACGGGAACGGAAACGAGAGUGGCAAUGGGAACGGGAACGGGAAUGGCAAUGGGAAUGGAGGAAAUGGAGGGAACGGAGGGAAUGGUAAAGGCCAGCGUCGCACGUUCCGUUCUGGAAUGGGGAUAGGCUUCCAUUAAGUUAUUUAUGGGGGGAAUUACACGUGGGCUUGUCCUGGAGAUGAAUGCCCUUGUAGCUAUAGCUCUGCAUGUAGCAUAGAUGUAGCCUUAUGAACGACGGAGAUUCCUUUGUUGCAUAUACAGUAGAGAUAUGGCGAACUACCAAGAGCAUCGAUUUUUUUGC